AUGAAGCUCUUCCCCUCCAUACCCCCCAAGCUGGCCGACUGGGCCAAGCGGCAGCCCGUCUUCUUCACCGGCUCGGCCGCCACCCACGGCCGCCACAUCAACGUGUCCCCCAAAGGUCUGACGUCGUCGCACUUCGCCAUCCUCUCGCCCACCCAGGUGGCCUACAUCGACCGCACCGGCUCCGGCUGCGAGACCAUCGCGCACUCGUACGAGAAUGGCCGGCUGUGCAUCAUGUUCAUCAGCUUCGGCGAUACGCCGCGCAUCCUCCGCCUAUUCUGCCGCUCCCGCGUCGUCGAGUGGGAUCGCCAGCCCGAGUUCGGUGACCUGGUGCGCCGCAUCGCCGACGGGAAGCGGGACGCGUUCGACGGCGCCAGGGCCGUCAUCCUCUGCGACGUCUGGGAGGUCCAGACCAGCUGCGGAUACGGCGUGCCCCGCGUCCGGAAGGAGCUCUACUCCGCCUCCCACCACCACGACGGCCACCAGAGCGACGAGGACGCCGAGCACCAGGACCUCGACGGGCCCAGCGAGCUGUCCGUCUUCGAGGACCGCCCCACCCUCGACCAGUGGGCCGGCGCAAAGGUCGAGUCCGCCAAGAUGCUCGACUACCACAACAAGAACAACGUCUACAGCGUGGACGGCCUGCCCGGACUGCGCACCGCCAGACGCGACGUCGGCCAGAGGCUGUGGGUCUAUGACGUGCGAGCCUGGCUGGCCAAUGUCGCUGCUGAGAGGAAUGGCCUCGUCACCGGCUUCUCGCUCGGUCUGAUCCUGUGUCUCGUUCUCAGUACGCUGGGCUUCUUAUGA